AUGCCGGUGUUGUUAGUUGUGCUUUGUUGCUUCCUCGGUGCCGUCGUUGGAUUCGACUGCCCGGAUGGGUAUUUUCCGAUUGCGGACGUCUACCUGUGCGUGGGAAGUCAGGAGGAAGCAGGCAACGGCUAUGAUCACAACGACAGGAAUUGCAAGUCCAUGAAUAUCGACAACGGAUGGUUGACUCAACCUCGCAAUGCAUUCAAAAAUACGGCUUUUGCCCAGAUUUCCCUUAAAAAAUACGGGAACGUGACGACAAUGAUUGGGGCCAAGCGCGACGAUGUGAACGACAAGAAAGCCAAAUACUUCUAUUCUGACGGCAGCUCGGUCACCUACACCAAUUGGGCCGCAUCCGAACCGGCCAAAGGCACCGGAUGCGUGGCAAUCGAUACAAAUGGCGUGUGGUAUGGCGUGUCGUGCGACAGUAAAAUUCCCUAUCUAUGCCAAUUCACCGUGCAACCA